GUGACGGCCGAAAGAAGCUCGGCGAUUGUACUUUAUUGUUUAGAUGGAGGACUAUCGAUAGCUCUCGUCCUAGUGGGAGGCUUGUUUGCAGGUUUGACAUUGGCGUAAGUCGCCACUCUUGCCUCAAUCGCCAUACCAAUCUUAUCUCUCGAUAGUUUCAUGGGCCAAGACCAAGUCCAGCUUCAAGUCAUCGCCCAAUCAGGGACGAGGUCGGAUCGGGACAAUGCUCGAAAAGUCUUGAACGUCCUGCAGCGAGGGAGACACUGGGUUCUUGUCUCGCUUCUGUUAGGGAAUGUCAUCACGAAUGAAGCGCUUCCUAUUCUUCUUGAUCAGGAUGUGAAAGGUGGAUGGUUUGCUGUUCUUGCUUCCACGAUCUUGAUCGUCGUCUUCGGAGAGAUUAUACCUCAAUCUCUUUGCGCAAAGCAUGGAUUGGCGAUUGGAGCUUGGUCAUCGAGAUACGUGCUAUGGGUUAUGUACGUGCUCUAUCCUGUCGCCUACCCAAUCGCCAAGCUUCUCGAUCGUCUACUUGGUGCAAGUCACGGACUUUUCUUUGAUAGAGAUGGCCUGAAGUCAUUUGUAAUGCUCCACGAAUGCCUCAAUUUCUCGACAGAAAGACUCAACAAAGAGGAAGUCACAGUGAUCUCGUCAAUGCUUGACCUAAAUUCACGGCCAGUCUCCGGAAUCAUGACGCCGUUUGCUAAGCUCUACACUCUUGGAACGAACCAACCUCUGGACGAAAUGACACGAUAUAACAUUCUAAACUCGGGAUAUAGUUGCAUUCCAGUCCAUAUGGAGCAUCAUGCUACAACCUUUGUUGGGAUCUUGCAAGUCAAGUCACUUGUCGCAUUGAACCUGAUGGAGCAGAUUACAAUUGGCCAACUCAAUUUAGAGAGCAUGGUUGUGGUGCGGCCAAAUGCAAGCUGUCAGGAAUUGAUACAUGUAUUCCGAGAUAGGAAAGUUAAGAUGAUUUUGGUUACGGAAAGAGGUACUCCUCAUGGUGAGCCACUGGGUAUUGUUACGUCCAGGGAUCUUAUGAAUGAGCUUAUAGGAGACCCUUUAUCUUUCAAGGAGGGAGAAUAGCGGAUCGUCACUGAUCAUGUGAUGACUUCAUCAUGGAGUUUUUUUGGUUCUACAUUGGUUGCGUGUCA